GCGUUUACGAACGUGGUGUGUUUCAAUUUCGUUUCAUUAUCCUAUACGUACAGUUUGAAUUAAAAAUGAGAUCCAAAAACACUACUUAUCCGACUGUCCUUCUGCUGACAAUGGUCUUGUCAAUGUCGAGCAUUGUUGUAGAUGGUUUCGAAUUUUUUAAACUUUUAUCGCCUGGUUAUGCAACGGUGAAAACUGAAGGCGGGUUUACAGCUAUACGAACACCUCCUUCGGAAAAAUCGGCUCCGGUGCAUCCAUUAGAAUCCUUUAUAUGGAGCUUAAUUCAGCAAAUGAGCGGCGAUGAUAAUAUCGACAUUAUCGACCAAGGACCUGAAUCCACUGAUUUCAGUAGUAACGAGACUGAAGACUUUCAGACACAGGUAGCACAGAAGCAAUUCAAUAACUUCUGGACUUUCUAUUUCUAGAAGGAUUUGAAAAUCUUGGAUGAUCAUGAUUAAAGAGGAAAAAUUCAUUGAAUAAUUGUUAUAAACUUGCAAUAUCUUAAUAAAAGUGUUAA